UCAGGCUUAGAAAUUUAUGCUUUUUGACUUGUAUAAUUUCAUGCUUCACUCUUCAGUUCCAGCACCACAUAUCCAUCUUUUAGCCUCCUGUCAAUACUUAUCCGAACCUCAUCCUUUGCACUCUUUUGAUGCGUAUCUGACUUGUACCACAUUCCCACAACCACAACGGCUUGUGGUGAUCGUCAAACAAGAUCUUGUAUGGCUUUGUUAACAUUCGCUUUGUACUUGUCACUAUUACACAAGAUCAGCUUUGUGGAGCAUGUGAUGUCUUGAUAGAUUCAUAGUUCUGCCAUAUUCUUUCCAUUUUAAAGGUGAUGAAUGGAAUAGCACUCUGUGAGAUCUUCAAAGAUUGGAAUAUUUCUUUUUAGUCUCUUUUAAUAUUUUAUCCCCAACCUUUCUGGCGUGUCUCCAUAUCUUCAGUGUCAGAUCAGAAUAUGGGAUAAAAUGUUCCACGAACUUACUUUCAUGUUGUGUUGUAAACCUCUAGAUUGUGUCAUUUGUCCUUGAUUUUAAAGAGGCCUGAACUGCAAAUCACUAAAAAUUUCUGUUUUUUUCACGCAGACAUGUGAAGGUACCCACUUGUUUAAACAGGAUUUAAGUUUCCAGUUAUCUAGAAGUCAUGUUUAAGUGCACUCUAUGCAACAGUUGCUUGGAUAAAUCAGCACGUGAGAAACAGUGAGUGUGCUUCUACUUUCACCUUCUUCUCCUGGUGAUCCUCCCUGCCACUAUGCUUCCCCCCAACACACAUGUUUCCCACACUAGUAUGGAUUAAAAGCUAAAGAAGGUUGAGAAGUCAAAGCUUGUCAGCCCUUCCCACUUUUUUCCUUCCCUUUACUUAUUCCCUCUCUCAAGCCCUCAGCCCAUCAAGCUGAUCUAUUUUUACCAGUCCAAACUCUGGAACCGGGUUGCACCUCUUCUCAUGUACCUGUGGUUUGGGGUGGGUCCCAGUCCAAAACAGGGACAGCAACAACUAAACCAAGAAGACCAACACCCUGGAAUUUGGAAGUUUUUUUCAUUCAACCUGCUUCUAAUAACUUGGACAAAAAAAUGAUAUAAACUUCCAGGUGUUCUUUUUUUUCUAUUUUUGUUUUGUACCUCACCUGAGUUUAGGAUUUAUGUUUCACAAUGCAAGACAAAAGAUAAUCUCAUCCUGAGUACGCUUAAUUCACCUGGAAUUUGGAUGGUGCUAUUUAACGACAGACUCAAACCCUGACAUGGCUCCUGUGUUGAAAACUACUCCAGGCAGUGAUGUCUUGGAGUCUUCUUGCCGCCUGUCCACCUUUGGACUAGAGGCCUGCGGAGUGCCAAGGGAAGCAAUCCCAGAACCAAAGAAAAUCUCACCUACCAUUGUAAACUCUCAGUUCACCUUCUGUGUCUGAGGCGUCAUUGAAGCUGGAUGUGAAAAUGACUAAUCAGAGAGACCCUCGAUGUCUGCACAACCUUGCCUACCACCCACGAUGGAGGCACCACUCAGUUAAAGUGAUAAAAAAGAGGCAUAUAUGGACGGUGAUUACAAAUAGUUUUGCUGGCUGUAGAAAGUUUCAGCUAUCAUCAGCACUAUUAUCACUGUCAUCAAAAUCCUUGUCAUCAACACCACAGUUGCCAUCAUCCCCAGUGCAGCAAACCAGAAGAUCAAGGGGGAACUGGUUUUAUCUCCUAUUACUCAUGAUCUCAUUAUUUCCUUGUCAAGCAUGGGCAACCACUUUCAAGGUGGCCCUGGUUGGACCUUGGACAUGUGACAUCUUAUACUCUAAGGCUCUCCCUGACUUGGCAGCCCGCCUUGCCACCAGCCGUAUAAACAAGAACCCCUACCUUAACAAAGGCUACUGGUAUGACUACACAUUGAUUAAUGAGGACUGCAAGUCAACUCGUGCCCUUGUUCGCUUUGCUGAUCUAGAAGGUUACGGUGCUGCUUUCUUGGGUCCUGCUAACCCAGGCUACUGCUCCUCUGCUGCUUUGUAUGCAAAAGAGUGGGAUGUUGGGAUUCUGUCUUGGGGUUGUCUCAAACCCAACAUGAACACAGGAGACACGUACCCUACCUUCCUAAGACCACUGCCAUUGUCUGCCCAUGUAAUUUUUACAGUGCUAAGGUAUUUUCGAUGGGCUCAUGUGGCCAUCAUCUCAGAAGAAACUGAUAUUUGGGAAGCCACAGGACAGGAGUUAGCCACUUCACUCAGGGCUCUUGGCCUGCCUGUCAACCCUGUAAUCACAAUGGAGAGUGAUAAGGACGGGCCUCGGAGAGCUCUGAAAAGAGUGAGGGAAGCAGAUCGAGUUAGAGUGAUCAUCAUGUGCAUGCCCUCUGUCCUGAUUGGUGGCCAAGCCCAGUACCAGCUCCUGACAACAGCCUUAGCUAUGCGGAUGAUAGACCGUGGCUAUGUUUUUAUUACCUAUGACACACUUCUGUAUUCCCUACCAUACAAAGACGCAAACUACUACAUGCUAGGAAAUGAUACCAAGCUCCGAAAAGCCUAUGAUGGAGUUCUCACCAUCACCAUGGAGUCUGGGGAACACAAUUUCUAUGAGGCCUUCAGAGAGGCUCAAAACACCUAUGAAGUACGCAGCAGUACUCCACCAGAACAGGUUUCUCCAUUCUUUGGCACCAUUUACAACAUGAUGUACUAUACUGCUAUGGCUGCUGAGCAAGCCCGCACAAGUGGAGGCCAUUGGGUAUCAGGUGCCGUCCUGGGAGAGAGUGAGGGAGGCUUUGAAUUUGAAGGAUUCAAUCAGCAGCUGCAGGCAGGAAGAAACGGUGAAGGGAUGCAGGCUAGCUAUGUAGUGCUGGACUACAGCGGCAUGGGCAUCUCGCUCUACUCCACACAUUUUCUUCAUCGUAGUCACACAGACGGCAAGACAGGAGGCUUGAAAUAUCUUGGCCGCUCAAUUCACUUUGCAGGCAGCACUCCCUACACAGAUUCAAGUUGCUGGUUUAGCUCGUACUUUGCUUGCACUGGAGGGAUGGAUAUAAUCACAUUCUUUUUUCUAUCCCUGUUGUUCAUUUCUCUGGUGGGAGGUGUAGUAAACGUCUUUCUUCACUUGAAGAAACAAGGCAAAGUUGGGUUCAGCUUUGGGAGUAAUGGAAACGGUGGCUCAUCGAAGGUGAUCCUGACUCUUGAUGAUCUGGUUUUUAUCAACACUCAAGUCAGCAAACGGAAGCUAAAUGAUGAAAGUAUCAUGAAAAGCCAAGGCGACAUGAAGACACCUCACCACUCUGUGUCUGGCCGUAGCUACCUAGCCUCCACUCCAGACAGUUCAAACGUUGCUGUGUUUGAGGGUGACUGGGUUUGGUUGAAGAAAUGUCCCUCAGGAACAGUUUCUAGCGUGAAUGGCAGCACAGAGGUAGUCUUUGUGAAACUAAGGGAGAUGAGGCAUGAGAACCUAAAUCUUUUCCUGGGACUGUUCUUUGACUCUGGGAUCUUUGGCAUUGUUACUGAGCACUGCAGCAGGGGAAGUCUGGAGGAUUUGCUGGGCAACGAAGAUGUGCGUCUUGACUGGAUGUUCAAGUCUUCCUUGUUAAUGGAUCUGAUCAGGGGAAUGAAGUACCUGCAUCAUCGCAACAUCAUUCAUGGGCGGCUCAAAUCUCGUAACUGUGUGGUGGAUGGGCGCUUUGUGCUGAAAGUGACAGAUUAUGGGUUUAAUGAAAUUUUGAUUACACAAAGCAUAGACACCGAUGAGGAAAAGCCUGAGGACUUGCUCUGGUCGGCUCCGGAGCUGCUGCGAGACCCAAGUCUGAGGAAGAAAGGGACUUUCUUUGGAGACGUUUACAGUUUCUCCAUCAUUGUGCAGGAGAUUGUCUCUCGCUCUUCGCCUUUCUGCAUGCUGGAUAUGCCUCCCAAGGAGAUUAUCAACAAGGUUAAAGACCCUCCACCUCUAUGUCGCCCCAUUAUAUCAGUGGAGGAGGCCCCUGUAGAAGUAAUUCAGUUAAUAAAACAAGCCUGGAGUGAAGAUCCAGAGAAGAGACCAUCCUUUGAGGAUAUUUUCAAGCAGUUCAAGCACAAAGGAAAGAAGACUAACAUUAUAGACUCUAUGUUGCGGAUGUUGGAGCAAUACUCCUCCAACUUGGAGGAUCUCAUCAGAGAGAGGACGGAGGAGCUCGAGCUGGAGAGACAGAAAACAGAUCAACUGGUGGCUCAGAUGUUGCCCAAGUCUGUGGCCCAGGCGCUAAAGCUCGGCAAGCCUGUGGAGCCGGAACAUUUCAGUGUUGUCACGCUGUACUUCAGUGACAUCGUGGGUUUUACAACCAUCUCCGCGCUCAGUGAGCCCAUCGAGGUGGUCGACCUGCUCAACGACCUCUACACGCUUUUUGAUGCCAUCAUCCCACUGCACGACGUCUACAAGGUGGAAACCAUUGGAGAUGCGUACAUGGUGGCCUCUGGAGUUCCCACCAGGAACGGCAAUCGUCACGCAGCUGAGAUGGCCAACAUGUCCCUUGAUAUUUUGAGCCUGAUUGGGAGCUUCAAGGCUAGACACAUGCCUGACCUGAAACUCCGGAUCCGUGUUGGCCUGCACUCCGGUCCAGUCGUAGCAGGAGUGGUCGGCCUGACGAUGCCUCGGUACUGUCUGUUCGGAGACACGGUCAACACCACAUCUCGAAUGGAGUCCACCAGUUUGCCUUACAGAAUCCAUGUGAACCAAACAACAGUUGAUCUCCUGAACAACUUGAAUAUGGGAUACAAGAUUCAGGUCAGAGGUCUGACAGAGUUAAAGGGAAAAGGUAUAGAGACCACCUACUGGCUAGUGGGGAAGGAAGGUUUUGACAAGCCUCUGCCAGUUCCCAUCGAGAGCAAAGACGGUGUCAAUCAUGGAAUCGGGCUGGACGAGAUCCCUCCAGACAGAAGACAAAAAUUCCUGGAUCGACAGAAGAAGGCGAAUUAGGCUGGGAUCAGGGGCUGAUGCUCAAGAUAUGGGGAAUAAAAAAAAAA